AAGUUGUCGCCAUAAUGACCAAACCAAAAUGGCUGCUCUCAGAGAUUAGUUGACAGUCAGCUGGAUUCGGUUUGAUUAGAGCCUUGUGUAUUUCAACGACUCUCUAAAAUGAAACGACUAAAUAAGUAGCACAGCAGCAAGAGUGAACGUUAUUCAUAAAACUACGGAUGCACUGGAUUUCGAGAUCACAAUGAUCAAGUUCCUUCUGAUGGUUAACAAGCAGGGCCAGACCCGCCUGUCUAAGUAUUAUGAGCAGGUGGACAUUGAGAAGAGGCCUUCUCUGGAGACUGAUGUUGUCAAGAGAUGCCUGUCACGCAAAAAAGAAGAGUGCUCUUUUGUGGAAUACAAGGACUUCAGACUAGUGUAUCGACAGUAUGCUGCUCUCUUCAUAGUUGUUGGUAUCAGUGACACGGAGAAUGAGCUGUCAAUCUAUGAGCUGGUACACAACUUUGUUGAGGUUCUUGACAAGUACUUUAGUCGUGUGAGUGAAUUGGAUAUCAUGUUCAACCUGGAUAAAGUGCACAUCAUCAUUGAUGAGAUUAUCCAGAAUGGACACAUAGUGGAGACCAACAAGAACCGCAUCCUGGCACCUCUACUUGCUCUGGACAAGAUGGCUGAGGCACAUUGAGCAGUUGUUUGAACCAUAGACUUAGACCUCGCAUCAUUGUAUCUGUCCAAUUAUGGCAUCUUUAAGAGCAUGGGCAGCGCCAUUAAGGCCAUCUCCAUUAUGAAGUACUCAAUUUUCUUCUAUGAGUUGGGAAACUGAAAGGGUGCACGCUGCCACCUAGAGUGUGUUGUUUUACAGUAAUAAAGCAGAGGUUGGCGAUUUACUGACACCUGCGGUUAUGGAAUGUCUCACAAGUAUAAUUAAUUAUCUGAUUCCUCCUGGUAACCUGAAUGUAAUUAUAUGAUCCUUGAAGGAAAACCACCCAAAAACUAUAUUUUGGUAUUUGUUUCAUUAGUCCAUUGCUGACAUAGUCCCAAAAUGUUUUGCUUGUCAGCAAUCACGUUUUUAAGAUUGGUAACUUUCAAACCAUCCCCGUAUGAUGCAUUUUGCACCAUACAGGGAUGAUUUCUGUAUUUUAAUGCCACAUUCAAAACAACUGGGAACUCUGAAAAAUACGAGGUCAAACCAUGUCAGAACUCUAGAAAGAGGCCAGAGAUUCUGAGUUGGAUGACUGUUCAAAUAGAUUUUUGUUUUGAAAUCCGAAAUUCCUGAAAACAUUUUUAAUGUCAACUGGGUGAGACUUUCAACUUCUUUGGAUGAUCCCUCCUGGUGAUCCUAUUGAAAUCAUGUCCAACCAGGACAUCAAGAGGGAUCAGCCAAAUGUGAAAAUGUACUACUUCAAAAUGGAGCCUCAAAUGGUGCUGCCCAUCAGUUCAAUUGGCAGACAGAACUUUAUACAAAUAAAAAGAUGAGUCCUCCAUGAGCUGCCCAUGCUAAAACAGGCUUUUGGACACUAGACCUCCAUCUAGCUCUAUGGUUUGAACAAACUAAGACUACAGUGGCAAGAAAAGUAUGUGAACUCUUUGGAAUUACCUGGAUUUCUGCAUUAAUUGGUCAUAAAAUGUGAUCUGAUCGAAGUCACAACAAUAGACAAACAAUUAUACAUGUCUUUAUUGAACACACCAUGUAAACAUUCAGCGUAGGGUGGAAAAAGAACACGAACCCUUGGAUUUAACCAGUUGACCCUCCUUUGGCAGCAAUAAACUCAAACAUUUGAGGUUGCAGAUCAGACCUGCACAACGGUCAGGACGCAUUUUAGACCAUCUUUACAAAACGGUUUCAGUUCAGCAAUAUACUUGCGAUGUCUGCUGUGAACCACUCUCGAGGUCAUGCCACAGCAUUUAAAUAAAUCGGGUUGCGGUCUGGACUAACUGGGCCACUCCAGAAGGCGUAUUUUCUUCUGUUGAAGCCAUUCUGUUGAUAUACUUUUGUGUUUUGGGUCGUUGUCCUGUUGAGCUCAAUUGGCAGACGGAUAAUGCAGGAGAAUGUUAGGCUAAACUUGGGAAUUCAAUUUUAUGACUAAUUUAUGCAGAAAUCCAGGUAAUUCCAAAGGGUUCACAUACUUCCUUGCCACUGUGUUACCCUUUGGGGAAAAAUGGACACAUUGCCAUCCAAAUGAUUUAUGGACUUCAUACUUGAGUUUAUCAAUAAUAAUCCAUUGUAUAGAAUAGUUUUUUUUUUUUAUACAGCAGCUAUAGUAAUAGAUUGAACUGAGGUAUUACGUACAUCUUCGCUUGGAGCUUUAAUGUGCAUGGAAUAUUAUUCAGUUAAUGUAAAUAAACAAGACUUCAUACUUUGCAAACAUUUUAAUGAUUAUUUUUGGAGCAUACACAUUUGAAAAUAUCUGUUUACUUCAAACUGCAACUUGAGUUAAAUAAAUGUUUAUAAUAUACAAAGAAAAUACAAGGGAAAGCAUAGCUUGCUUUUUUUUCCUUUUCAAAUGUGCCUUGCACACAGAACCAGUGUUGUCGUCUCUAGCUUUAUUAUCAAAUUACACAAAUGCACUCGGACUUUGAUCCUUAUAGCAGGGCAAUAAACAUCAAAAUACACACAGUAACAAAAGCAAAAGGAAAAAUAAUAAGCAUGUGCAUCAUGAUUGUAUGAUGUUAGAUGAAGUAAAAGGAACAAGGUAAUCCUAAUAUUCAAACAACGCAGGCACUAGUAAAACAACCUGGUAAGGAAAUGCCCAAACACUCUACAGUUAGCUCUACAGAAGCAGCUGCCCUUCUCCCCCUCACAUCACACAGGGAAAGGAAGGAGGUUGUCAGCCGGGGUGGUGGAGAGAAGCUGGUGGUAGUCUGAAAACCCAAAAAUCUACAGAGAACUUGUACACAGAUGCUCACAGCCAAAGUAUGAGAGAGAGAUAGUAAACACUGUAGAACAUGAGGAAACUGUCUGCCCCGUCUUCCAGUUGCUCAAGCCCUUAAAGCAGCAGAGUGCCCUGGGGGAGGGAGAGAGCUGUGACAAGUAAGCAGGUGGGUCGGAGGAGAGGGGAGGUGGGCCCUGGUUUUAUCUGUAUUAGCAGCUAUUGAG